GGUCACUGGAUCAAACAGAAACUGCAACCUCACGAUCCCGAUAUGGGAGGCCUGAAGGUGGUUGGAGAAGGGAUAGAGGGAAAGCUUUGGGAGGCUGUCAAUCGCGAGAUCACCAUGAAGGACAUCGAAAAAAUACUAAGGGCCACAAAUCCUGAGGCGCUGGAGGCUGUUCAGGAAGCCCUGCAGCAGGGCAACCGAUCGGUGGAGGAGGCCGAGAGCGAGGCGGGCGGCCCGGACUGCAGGGGUCCGCUCAUGGCGCUCAGCAGCGACCGACUGCUAUUCCACGCCAACAGGGGGGAUAUCUCCGAGAGAGCGCUCACCCUGGAGAACGUGGGCACCACGGCGCUGUACUACGAGUGGCUUGAGGGCGUGCCGGAGAUGCCCAAGGUGGCGGGCGGCGCCCGCCGGGAGAGGCGGUUCUUCCUGUACGACGCCAAGGGCGCCGUGUUGCCGGGGGCGUCCAAGGAGUUCAGAUUCGCCUUUCGUUCCAACUCGCCGGGGAUCUUCGUCGAGAAAUGGAGUGUGCGGAUUGCGCCGGGGCUUGAGAGGCCGCCCCCUGUCGUUACCCUGCGAGGCAUGGCAGUCGCAUUUGACGACCACAGCUUCCGAAGAUCCAACAUCAUCAAGGAGCUGGAGAGGAAAGAAAA